AUGCCUGUGGCGUUGGCGAAUGUUCCCGCAUGGAUUGUUGCAAGAAUUGCGGUCGUGACAAUCAUGACGGUGGUGGUAGCAUCGGUGGCGGCGAACUUGGAUGCAUCGGUUGGAAAUGUGCCCCCAAUAGCGGACCUCCGCCCGGGCGGAGGCAAUGACGACAACCCGUCUUGCACCUCUCGAAGCGCCAUUGUCCAUACAACAGUCCACUGCAGACUCUAUUCGACCUCCACCAAGCUCACCAUGGAGACCACCUGCACAUCCACCGAAUCCUCUACUACCUCUGGCUGCAUGAAGCCCGCAAGAACGACAACAUACACAUCUUCCAACUGCCCCCGAAGAGCAUCUUAUACGCCGCCGUGGUUUGAUUACACAGGGGCGCUGCCGACUCCCGGUGGGCCUGGAUGGAAUGUGUACACGUGGGUUACGGGGAAGACCUCGACCAAACCGACGGCUCCUACCCCUACCUCCAACCCAAAUACCAAGCCCCUGACGAGAGGUCCAAUCAACUGCUUCAAGGAAAGUGACUUUCCAGGCCACGCAGAUCUUCAGCCCGGUGAUCAGGAUCGGGAUGCCCCGAUUAUGCUUCGCAAAACGGAUAGCAAAGGGGUGAGCUAUGACUUUCGUGUUGAGUGGGUGGCCGGGUGUGUUACUACUGUGAAGAGGCAGAGUUUUGGUUUCCCGCUGGGGAUGUCGCAGAGUUGGAUCACUGCUUAUUUGUUGGUGAGGGAGAAUUAUACCAAGGGUGAGUAACAACAGUGGUGUGGGCGGUACAUGUCAAGCAGGGUGUCUGUUGUAUAUCUUUGCGGGUGCAAGAAGUGGAUCGCCAGGUUUCCGACUGGCAGCCGAGCCGUUAGCAAGUGUGGCUGGCAAUCAGAGCCACUACCUGGUGGGAGAGAAUGGCGGGAUUGUGAUUGAUGAUCUGAAUAAAUCUUGAUCGGGAUGGGCUCAAUGCUAAAUGAGGAGGACACGUUUGUUUGGAAAAGCGCUUUUUUCAUGCCAGUGUAGAUGAGCCACGCCAGGAAAGUUUGAUUGAUUUGUUGUAUUGGUAACUUCAUAAACCUGUAAAGUAUAUCUU